AUGAGAUCGAGAGCUGGUAUCUUGGCGGUCUGGUUGAUCGUUUUCGGCGACGUUCGAUUUUGCUUGGGGCUCGAUCAGAAUCCCAAUACGGAUUUGCUGACGCCAGAUUUAAUAACCAAAUACGGAUAUCCCGUCGAAGCGCACAGAGUAGUAACCGAGGAUGGUUACAUUCUCGAAAUGCAUCGGAUCCCUUACGGAAGGUUCGAAAAUCGGCGAGUGCUUAAAUCCUCGAGGUUCAACCGGUCUCCAGUUCUUCUGCAGCAUGGACUAGCUGGCAGUUCUGCGGACUGGGUUCUAACUGGUCCAGGAAAGUCUCUGGCUUAUAUGCUUGCCGAUGAAGGCUACGAUGUCUGGUUGGGAAACAAUCGUGGGAACAUUUACUCGCGUCAUCAUCGCAGUUUGUUAUCAACUAAUCGUACAUUCUGGGACUUCAGUUUUCAUGAAUUGGGAAUUUACGAUCUGCCGGCUAUGAUCGAUUAUAUAUUGGAAUUAACCUCGAGAUACAACCUGCUGUAUGUCGGCCAUUCACAAGGCACUACGCAAUUCUGGGUAAUGACCUCGAGUAGGCCUGAGUACAAUGACAAAGUAAGUCUGGCAGUUGGCCUUGCACCCGCAGCAUACACUAGUCAUAUGCGGGGACCAGUUACGACACUUGCUAAGUUGACAUACUUUGGUGUGUGGGUAGGUGAGAGAUUCGGCUACCCCGAGUUCGGGUCCCGGUCUCCAUGGGGUAAGUUCGUCGGCAACUUAGUCUGCCACGGAGGCGCGCCGACGCAGUUUCUCUGCAGCAACAUUCUGUUCCUAAUUGCGGGGUACAGUCAAGGAGAGUUAGACGCAGGAAAUCUUACUGUCAUAAUUGGCCACGUGCCCGCUGGCGCCUCCUGGAAGCAGUUUGUCCAUUUCGGCCAGGGUUUUAUUAAUCCCGGACAUUUCCGAGCGUUUGAUUAUGGAGAAAAUAAUGAUAAAAAUUUAAAACUUUACAAUUCAUUGAUACCGCCAGAUUAUCAACUCGAAAAAAUAACAACACCUAUCGCACUUUACAGUAGCGAUAACGACUGGCUAGCAACACCUGAGGAUGUCGACUUAUUACGAUCCAAGCUACGCAAUAUUGUGAUGGACUACAAAGUAGACGGGAAACUUUUCAAUCAUUACGACUUUCUAUGGGGCAAUUCGGCACCUGAAUUAUUAUACCAGCCAAUUAUUCGAUUGUUUAUUUGUCAGUAUUUCAAAUUAGCGUCCGCAAUGUUUUGUGGAAUUUUUGGAUUCUUCAUCAUCGGAGUCUUGGGGGUACAGGCGGUGGAAAAUAAGACUUAUGACGAUGAAUUAUUGCGGUUUCCCCAUCCCAUGGGAGCCUCAGCUGAUUAUAACGUGGAUGCUGAUUUGGGGGCUAGAGAACUGAUGGCAAAAUACGGAUAUAACGGAGAAAGUUAUCGUGUGACAACAACCGAUGGCUAUAUACUAGAGAUGCAUCGCAUCACUGGCCCAGAAUCUAAUAAAGACCCCGCGAACAAACCAGUCGUUUUUCUGAUGCACGGGAUACUCAGUAGCUCCGUUGACUGGAUUAUUUCCGGCCCAAACAAAGCUUUAGCUUAUUUAUUAGCCGACGAAGGUUACGAUGUAUGGAUGGGUAAUGCUCGUGGUAAUCAUUACUCAAGAUCACAUAAGCGGCUAUCAGUUUUAGAUAAAGAGUAUUGGCAAUUCAGUUGGCAUGAAAUCGGAAUUUAUGACUUACCGGCGAUGAUCGACUUCGUAAUAAAUGCAACAAGUGUUGAAAAAAUAUUUUACGUCGGUCAUAGUCAAGGUACAACAGCAUUUUUCGUAAUGACAUCUACUUUACCGAAGUAUAAUGACAAGAUAAUAUCAAUGUCUGCAUUAGCACCGAUCGCUUACGUCGGACAUAUGACGAGCCCAUUUUUUAGAAUUUUUUCGCAAAUUGAUUCCGUGGUGGCCAAUAUAAUGGAUGUAUUGGGAAUGUAUGAGUUCCAACCAACUGAGCAAUUUAUGAAAAAAGUUAAAGCGGUAAUUUGUGACUCUGAGGCUUGGACUCAGCCGAUUUGUGAAAAUGCACUAUUUUUAGCCGCUGGGUUUGGCUCUGAUCAGAUGAACAAAACUUUGUUACCGGCUAUUUUGGGUCAUGUACCCGCUGGAUCGUCGGUAAAACAGUUUCUUCAUUUUUCUCAGCUUGUUAAGUCACGUAAAUUCAGACAAUUCGAUUACGGAUUAAUGGGAAAUUUCCGUAGAUACGGUACAUUAAGUCCGCCUGAAUACGAUCUUUCAAAAGUAACUACACCCGUAGUACUUCAUUACUGUAUCAAUGACUGGCUGUCAAGUGUAAUAGAUGUUGAGACCUUGAGCCGAAAAUUACCGAACGUACAUGGCAAGAUGAAAGUACCCCAUCCGCCAUUUGGACACUUGGAUUAUUUAUAUGGCGUUGAAGCUGAUAAACUUAUUUACGAGAAAGUACUUAGUAUCAUCGACCCACUGAGAAAUCGAUGAAAUUUUCAUGUAUCAGAAAAUUUAAAUAAAAGAAUUUUCUUCAGA